UUCACUUUGCCAUAUUGAAGGAAGCUGCGACGUUUCAGCUGAACAGUUGAUGUUCCAGCAGAGAGACAUCAUGGCAACUGCAGCAUCUGUGUCUGAGCUGAGGGUUGUUCUGCUGGGGAGCAGAUGGACUGAGAAAAAGCAAGUGGGAAAUUUCCUAGAGCUGACUGAGCUGAACAGUCAACCUAAACAUGUUGUGAAAAAUAGUAGGACACUGAAGAACAAAGAAUUAGUUGUCAUCUACACCCCCUUUCUGCCUCCUCUUAACACCUCCCAGCAUGAUCUGACAGAGUUUAUAAAAGACUGUGCAAAACUCUCUUCUCCUGGACCUCAUGUGUUCCUACUGCUUGUGCAGCCUGGAAACUUUACAGAAGAACACAAACUGAGACUCUGCAGAGUCCUUCAAGGUUACAGUGAUCGAUCAUUUGAUCAUUCGCUGAUACUGAUCUCAGCACCAAGAGAGGAGAACUCUGGUUCUGUGGAAGAUUUCAUGAAAAGUCCAGCAUUAAAUGAGAUGAUCAAAACAUGUAAAUUCAGAUACUUGAAGAUGAACAACAUUGAACUUCCAGAGCUGUUAACACAUUUGGGAGAAAUUAUGAAGGACAACAAUGGAGAGCAUGUGAGCUAUAAAGCUUUAGAGGAAACAACACAAACAUUAGUAGAAGAUCAAAAAACAAAACAAAAGGAGACAAAAACUCAAAUCACUGAUGCUGUUAAAGCUACAGUGUCUGCAUUCAGGAUUGUGCUGUUGGGCAAAAGUGAGGAUAAGAAGACAAAGCUUGGUAACUUUAUCAUUGGGCACCAAGGCUUUUACUUCCAGAAACAAUCACCCAUAAUGCACUCUGUAGCGUCCUGUGGAGAGUGGAGAGAAAAUCAAUUAACAGUAGUGAAAACUCCAAACUUGUUCAGUCUGUCUGAGGAUGACAUGAGAAGAGAAGUGAAGAGGUGUGUAAAUCUCUGUCAUCCUGGACCAAAUACGCUGCUGUUCUUGGUGAAACCCUCAAAAUGCACUGAGCAGAACAGAAAAACUCUGAAGUUCAUCUUGAGUUUGUUUGGUCGCAAUGCCUUUAAACACACAAUCGUCAUCAUCACCCGUCAGGAUCAAAUUAGAGUGUCUCUGAAAGAACUCGUCAGAGAAUGUGGGGAAAGGUACUACAACAUGUCUGAAGAUAAUUAUGAAUCAUUAAUGGAGAAGAUUCAGAAAACUGCAGAUGAAUACAAUGCCCACCCCCACUCACAUGAGCCUGAAAAAAUCAAACCAUCUGUAAACCUGGUUCUGUGUGGGAGGAGAGCAGCAGAGAAGACUUCAGCAGCCAAGGUCAUUUUAGGUCAGACCGAGCUUUAUUCCGUCUCCAACUCAUCAGAGUGUGUUAAACAUCAGGGGGAGGUGUGUGGACGUUUGGUUUCCCUGGUGGAGCUGCCUGCCUUGUAUGGAAAACCUCAGGAGGCAGUGAUGGAGGAAUCACUCAGGUGUAUCUCCCUCUGUGAUCCUGAGGGUGUCCAUGCCUUCAUCCUGGUCCUACCUGUGGCCCCCCUCACUGAUGAAGACAAGAGAGAGUUAGAGACCAUCCAGAACACAUACAGCUCUCGAUUCAAUGACUUCACCAUGAUUCUGUUCACUGUGGACUCAGAUCCUACAGAUCCAGCUGUUGGUAACUUUGUUAAGGAAGACAAGAACAUCCAGGAGCUCUGUGAGAGCUGUGGAGGAAGAUCUGUUGUUCUCAACAUCAAGGACAAACAGCAGAUCCCAGAGAUGUUGGACACUGUGGAAAAAAUCAAAUUCUCCAGUGACAACCCAUUCUCCUAUACAACUAAAACAUUCUUACAUGCUCAAAUUGAAAGGGUCAUACAGAAAGAGAAAGUGAUCAACGUUCAAAGGGAUGAACUUGAAAAGCUGAAAAAGAGCAAAAACAGUACUGUAAAUGAUGAAGAACAGGAGAGCCCAGAGUGUCUCAGGAUUUUCCUGAUAGGAAAAACUGGCAGUGGAAAGAGCUCUACAGGAAACACCAUUCUAGGAAAAAAACUGUUUAAAGCCAUGUCAAGUCAACACUCAGUCACCAAACAUUGUCAGAAAGAAGAGAGUGAAGUGGACGGUCGUCCUGUUGCUGUGGUUGAUGGUCCUGGUCUGUUUGACACAACUCUGUCAAAUGAAGAAGUUCAUGAGGAGAUGGUGAAAUGUGUCAGUCUCCUGGCUCCAGGACCACAUGUCUUUCUGUUGGUGUUCAGGAUUGGCAGAUUCACAGAUGAAGAGAAGACAACAUUAAAACUCAUCAAGGAAGGAUUUGGAGAGAACUCUGAAAAAUUCACCAUCAUUCUUCUAACUAGAGGAGAUGAACUAGAACGUGAUGAGCGCUCCAUCGAAGAAUAUAUUGAACAGGACUGUGAUGAUUUAUUCAAGAAGUUACUUUCUGACUGUGGAGGAAGAUACCAUGUGUUCAAUAAUGUAGAUAAAGAGAACCACCAACAAGUCAGUGAGCUGAUAGCAAAGAUUGACACCAUGGUGAAAGAAAAUGGAGGAAAAUACUUCACCAAUGAGAUGCUACAAGAAGCUGAAGCAGCGAUAAAGAAGGAGAUGGAGAGAAUCCUGAAGGAGAAGGAAGAAGAGAUGAAGAGAGAGAGAGAGGAGCUGGGAAGAAAACAUGAGGAAGAAAAGAAGGCCAUCAAAACAAGAAUGGAAGAAGAGAAGGAAAAAUUAAAGCAGGAAAGAGACCUGAAACUGAAAGAGAUGGAGGAAAAUAUCAAAAAGGAGCGUGAGGAGAGAAAGAAAGAACUGAAAAUUAGAGAAAAAGAGAACAGGAAACGGGAAGAGGAGGAAGAAAGACGUAGGCAGGAUUUUAAAAUGCAACUUGAAAUGUUGGACAAACAAAUUCAGUCAGAAAAAGAGGAAAAGAAAAGGAUUGACCAAAAACUGGAAGAGAGCAGAGAAGAAACAAGAAGAAAACAAGAAGCCUGGGAGAAAGAACGAAGAGAAGCCUCAGAGAAACAAAAACAAGAAGAUGCACAGCGGCGACAGGAGGAGGAAGAAAGACUGAACAAAGUGAAAGAAAAAAUGCAGCAGGAGGAAGAACUGAAAAUCAAAGAGAUGGCAGAAAAAAUGGAAAAGGAGCAUGAGGAGAGAAAGAAAGAACAGGAAAUUAGAGAAAAGGAGAACAGGAAACAGGAAGAGGAGGAAGAAAGACGUAGGAAGCAUUUUAAAAUGCAACUUGAAAUGUUGGACAAACAAAUUCAGUCAGAAAAAGAGGAAAAGAAAAGUGUGAACAAAGAGCUAGAAAAGAGCAGAGAAGAGAUAAGAAGGAAAAGGGAGGAGUGGGAAAAAGAACGAAGAGAAGCCUCGGAGAAACAAAAUCAAGAAGAUGAACAGAGACGACAGGAGGAGGAAAAACGACUGAAAGAAGAGAAAGAAAAAAUAUAGCAAGAUAAAGACCAGAAACUCAUGGAGAUAAAUGAAUACCUAAGUAAGGAGCGUGAAGCAAGAAAGAAGGAACAGGAAAUGAGAGAAAAUGAGAACAGGAAACGGAAAGAGGAGGAAGAAAGACGUAGGAAGCAUUUUAAAAUGCAACUUGAAACAAAUUCAGUCAGUAAAAGAGGAAAAGAAAAAGACUGACAAAAAACUGGAAGAGAGCAGAGACGAGAUUCAAAGAAAACAAGAAGCCUGGGAGAAAGAACAAAGAGAACAAAGAGAAAAACAAA